AGCCGCCGAAAGGGGGAGCCGCACCGGGGCGGGAAAAAGAGGAGGAGGAGGGCCGCCUUCCUCCUCCCUCCCCUUCCCUCAUGGAGGCGAGGGCGCUGGGCAGCCUCCCUCUGGCCCCGGGGCUACGGGCCAAGCUGACGGCCGCCGGUUUCGAGACGGCCCCCGAGGUGGCCGAAGUGGGGCCUUGCCGCCUCAGCCAAGAAACAGGAAUUUCUAAAGAGGAGGCAUUAGAAAUUUUACAGUUAAUCAAAGGGGAGCAGCAAAGUGAUGGAACCAAAUCUUCGGAUGAACUGGCCUCCGUCAGGAAGUAUACUGCGCUCGAACUUCUGGAAAAAGAACAAGUUCAAGGCUUCGUCAUAACAUUUUGCUCUGCGCUGGAUGAGAUCUUGGGUGGAGGUUUACAGCUGACGAAAAUAACAGAGAUCUGUGGAGCACCUGGGAUCGGCAAAACACAGUUGUGCAUGCAGCUGGUGGUGGAUGUCCAGAUCCCAGAGAACUUUGGAGGGCUGGCUGGGGAAGCUGUUUUCAUAGAUACUGAAGGCAGCUUUAUGGUCGACCGAGUAGUCGAUAUGGCAACCGCCUGCAUUCGACAUUGCCAACUUAUUGCAGAAAUGCACCCAGAAGAAGACCACCAACCUGCUCUGAAGACUUUCUCCCUGGAAAACAUUCUUUCACAUAUCUAUUACUUCCGUUGCCAUGACUAUGUAGAGCUGCUGGCACAAGUUUAUCUUCUCCCGGACUUCCUCUCUGGACACCCAAAGAUACGCUUGGUUGUGAUUGAUGGUAUAGCCUUUCCUUUCCGACAUGGCUUUGAAGAUCUCUCCCUCCGAACAAGGCUCCUGAACGGGCUGGCUCAACAACUGAUCAGCAUUGCAAAUGAUCACACGCUGGCUGUGGUGUUGACUAAUCAGAUGACAACAAGAUUUGAACAAAGCCAUUCCGCUUUGGUGCCUGCCUUAGGAGAAAGCUGGGGUCAUGCCGCCACGGUCCGUUUAAUUCUGCACUGGGAUAACAAACAGAGGUUGGCAACGUUGUACAAGUCACCCACUCAGAAGGAAUCGACUGUGCUGUUUUCCAUCACAUCUCAUGGAUUCCGAGAUGUUCAGCUUCCUCCACCCGAUCCAACUGGGACAGGAAGUGAAACGAAUCCUCGUAAAAGGCCUCGGACAGAGCAGGUAGAAGGACAGUAAUUUGGGUUAAUAAAUGUAAAGAUGCUUGCACUGCAGAUGGACUUCUGAGUUCACAAAAGAGAUUGUUCAACUAUGAAUUAAAAGUUCAUUUUUCCCCUUAA